ACCAAAGUGCUGCCAAAAUCGCUACAGUGUUUGUGUGACACAUUUUCGAAUUCAAAACUUGUUUUGCACUAUCGAAAUCAAGUAACUUAUGAACUACUGUGAUUCAAGUUCUAGUGGUGAAUUUUAUUCUCCUCUCACCCUUUUUGAUUUAGAUUUAAGCCCUCUUAAAGAGGUUAGGGUUAGGAGUGAGAGUGAUAUUGAGCGUGAGUUAGAGUUUUUUGAAGAUCCUAACUACAUCCCUCCCCCUACUCCGUGUAGUGAAAGUUACAAGACUAAGAAGAUGUCUUCUGAGGAAACGUUGAGCAUUGGGGGGAGCGAGGAAGUAAGGAUGUUAGAGUACAGCGAUGUAAGUGUUGAGGGUGAGUCAUUUGGGUUUGAGCGUACAGAGGGAGGGGUAGGUAGAAAUGAAGUUGUUGAGGUUGGGGAAGAAAAGGUGCUUGUCAAUAUAUUGGAAGUGGGAGAUAAGAGUGAUAAGUUUUAUGAUAGUGGGGCAGACAUUGUGUCUGAGGUAAAAGGGUAUGAGUUUGAGCUCAGAAGUAGAGAUAGCCUGAGUUAUCUCGUAGAAACUUACGAGAUUUCCUCUAAAGUAUUAAUUAGGCUUGCAGGAGUGAAAGAAAGGGCAUGCUCUGCACCUCAGGAUCAUUGGAUGCUAGUGUAUGCCCAUUAUUUGGCGGCAGGGCUUAGGUUUCCGUUGCUUGAUUUGUUGGUGUGGUUGUUGUUGGAGUAUAGUAUAGGUUUGACCCAAUUAUCUCCCAAUGUGGUGAGAGUGAUAAUUGGGUUCAUAGUAUACUACCUGGCUAGGGGGGUUAGGGUGCCAACAGUAAAUAUGUUUAAGCAUUUUUUUGUGCUGAAUGCUGGGAGUAAAAAGGAGAAGGGGUGGUACUGCUUUACACCUCGGUCGUCCAACAAAGAAAAGAGAAACCUGUUUAGUGCAGGGCCUUCCUCCAUCAAGAGGGCCAACCAGAAUAAGUAUAGUUUAAAUAGUGAUGAGGAGGAAGAAGUAGAGAAAUUGGUGAGAAAGGAGGGUGACAUAAUAGAUAUUAUGUUUCUCACUAGCUCGGAUGUCAUAGAAGUAGCUGAGCUGUAUGGGCCGAGCUUAAUGAGCGAAGCUGAAAUGGACAAAUUUCUAGGUGUUGCUGGUGGGGUGGCUAUUCCUAAGAAGCCGAGGAAGAAGUCCAAGACUUUGGAGAAGGCUAUAAGUGGGAAAGGAGAUGGUAACACAAAGAAAGGGCAGAUGCCAAAGGAGGUCAGGGGGGACGAGGUAGUGGAAUUUGUACCUCGGCCUGUGCCUGUUGAGCUUGAUUUGAACCUCAAAGAGACCGAGGUCCUUGCCCUUGGCAAGGGUAAAGCGUUUGAUCCCACGCCUUCUCUCCAGAGUAGCACUUUUGGGAACAAAAACUUCUCCGUGGCGAAGAAUUUCAUCAACGCCUAUGUGCCUGAGAGGGAACUGGAUAUAGUGGUACCAGCAGUGACAAGCUUACAAAAGGAGAGAGAUACACUGAAGACGAUUCUCUCAUUCGAAGAGAAGAAAAAGAGAAUGUGCGAAGAAGAGAAUGAAGCACAAGAGGAGGAAAUAAGAAGGAUGAGAGAAUCCAAGGUGGAACUCAAAAAGAAUGUCCAAUUGCUAGUCCACAAUGGGAUGGAGGAGCAUAUCAGCAACUUUAUCAACUCCAGCUUGUUUGACAACAUCAUCAAUCUGUACCGACUGCCGACUGCAAUCCUUGCCUUCACUGAUUGCAGAAAGAAGGUGAAAAUUGAGUAUCCCGAAAUGGAUAUUACCAAGAUCACCUUCCGCGAACAAGAGGAAAGGGUGGAGGAGAACAAUGAAAGCAUGUCAGGCAUGUCAGCAGAUUUCAGACCUCAGGUUAAGCUGAGAUGGGAUCAUGAUGAAGAAGGACACGCCGUUUUUCCUCCUAACUUCAACUUCGAGUUCGUAGCAGUGAAGGAAGAGGAAGGAGAAGCAGAAGAGGAUGAAGUUGAUGAAAGUCAGCCAUUUCCUCCUGUGUCGGUGCAUCCAGUUCCCUUUGAAGAAGAGCAGCCACCUCUCCCAACAAAGCAGGAGCCACCCAGCCACCUCCUCCAGCGGAAUAGUUUAGGGAUUUUUUAUUUUUUAUUUUUUGUUUAUGUAUUUAGGAUUUGAACAGUGAUUAAUGUACAGAUUUUUUAAUUUAUUUAAAGAAAAAUUUUUUUAAUUAGUUUGGUUAUUUAUUUUGUGCUUUUUUAAUUAUUUUGUAUUAACAUAAAGAUUUAGAUAAGGU